AUGCCAUCAUGCGGAAUGUGCGUUGCUACGUCCACAGGUGACGAGUGCGGCAAACUGAGUGAAAGGGAAAUUCUUCAGAACGUCGAAGAGCUGAAUGCCGCGAUAGCUCAAGAAGAGAUUUUCUCCAAAGUUGAUGUUAGCGAUGAUCCACCAAAAACUAUAGAGGUCUCUUUGUUAGAUACACUACCUGAAACAUUCUCAAACGAAGAGCUUCUCCUAGGCACGGUGAAGCCGAAAGAUUCAGCGGAAUUUCUUUCUGAAAUGAUUACAAGUAGUCGUAUAUCCGAACAGCAAAGACUUCUCGAUCCAGUCGUCUCCAAAGAUGUUCAAUUGAAUGAUAAAAGGCUUUCGGAAUUUGUAGCAAACAACGACACAAUAAUUGAAUCUGAACACACUUCACAUGCUCAUUUUGAAACAAAGACAGAGCUAGCUGGAGAAUCACUUCCGGCGGAUGUCGUCAUUCCGAAAAGAGAAAAAGUUGGGAUGGAAUUAUCAAAAACAGUACAUCGUGACCCUUCUGAAUCUCUUGUGGAACUUGAUUUUGAUGUGAAUCCUGGCAAGCUUUAUACUGCUCUGCAGCGCAAGGACUGGGAUCUUGUUUUGAUGCAGCUCCGGGAAUUCCCCGAGGAAAGCAGCUUUUGGAUAUCUCGCCGCGAAAUAGAUGGGAGGCUUCGGUGGCGGCUGCUUCCCAUUCACGGUGCACUUGUCUUCAAGGCACCAGAGUUUAUAAUUCAAGCUUUGUUAGACGCCUACCCAGAUGGCGCUCGCGCAACGGAUGAUCAGGGCAUGUUACCUAUCCACUUGUCGUACAAGGCGGGAAGCUCGGAGAUCGUUGUACGAAUGCUAUAUAGUGCUUUUCCUGAUUCUUUAACGGUAGCGGACCGAAAAGGCCGCACCCCGGUCCAACUGGCGGAAACUACAUACGGAACAAAUAGGGAAGGAUUUCUCUGCGCAUUGGAGAGCACGAAUCACAAUGACGUCGAAUCCUCAAUUGAGGGAACAACUGCUGAACAAGGGAACACUACUAGCAUCACUAAACUGGAUCGAAUGAUCUUCUUGGCAAAGUCGGACGACAGCACAACACAAGCCACCAGGCCACUGGGGACCGGAGUGCAAGUGGAAGCUCGGAAAAUGAAUUCUUCGACCGCAGUCACCAGUACAAAAACAACAAUAGAGGUCCAUGGAAAGAAACAUGAGCUAGAGUUGGAAAGUCUUCGAAAAGAAAUUCAAAUAAAAGAGGGCACUUUCCAGCAGACCAUGAAGGAGCUCAAAGCAGAACUGGAAAAUAAGGCCGAAACAUCCAAAGUUUUAAUGGAGCAUGUGACUUCCCUUGAGUCUCAAAUAAAAAGUCGCGGGCAUAUGGAGCGCUUUCUAGCUACAAAGAUUGCCACUCUGGAUAGAAGUCUAAAGGCUACAAAACAAGCCAAGCUAGAAUCGGAAAAUAGACUGAACGAGGAAAUCCAUAAGCUUCAAUCCAAUCUGGAAGAGGCUAUGAUUGAAGGAGCAACACACACUCGGGGAAAAGACGAGUACAUCAAAGCACUUGAGGCUCAGCUUGCUGGGGCCAAAAUCGCCGCUCUCGCAGGUAAUUCGGUAAAGUCAAAGAAGGGACGCCCUACCGAGGAGGAAACGUUGGAAAACCAAGUAGCGAGCUUGCUUUCGCUUCUCUCCGCACCGAACUCUGAAUCAAGUUUGACAACAGCUUCCCUUACGAUGCGCGUAAAAGGCUUGGAAUCCGAAAGAAAUGAUCUUAGGAAGACAAUCGCAAAGCUGACCAAAAAACUAUACAAGGUGGCGAGCGUUAUUGAUGGAAUUGUUUCGCAGCAACAGGAUUUGCUUUUGGAGAAUGGUGCGAGCGACGACGACGAUUGCGACGACCGUCAACUUGUACGCGGUAGCAAGAAAGUGGAAAAACUACAGGUGCAAAUUACGGAAACGCAAGAUGCCGUCGAAGACGUGUUGCCCCAUAAAAGUGACGAUGGCGAUGACGAACGCUUAGUGGAUCGUGCUAUUCUGCAUGUAUUGACUUCUUCAAGUUUCGCCGAAGGAGAGUCCUGCGAUACCGCCCCGUUUCAUCCAAAAUGCAACCAGAAAGGAUCUUUGACAUUGAGUGACGAAGAGAAAAAGGCCGACGACACGGAUGCUGUGGCAAUUUUCUAG